AUGCCGGCAAAAGUAUCUACAGCCCGCGCAAAAACGGUCAAAGUUGUUGCCAACGACGCUUCACACGAGGCUCGCGCUUCAGGGAGUAUAGCACACCACGUUGACGUGCCAGCAGAAACGACUGAUGGCGAGCUUCGCACUCGUAUGAGUACCGUUUUCUUCGAUGCACAACGGAAUAUUGCUGGUCAUCGAAAACUGGUCGUAACUCUCCGCAAGUUACAAGAGGCUUGCUGCCCAGAUACAUCGCAUCAACACAAGAAGAAAAGUAUGGCGGAGGGCUUCGAAGAGGAUAAGUUUAUUGAUCAUUUUUUGAGAUGUUCUUUACACGUACUACCGGUUAGGAAGAGCGAAAGUGUUGGAGAUCGAUUAAUCCAAUUUAUUGGACUUUUUAUAAAGCUAGCCUACGAAAAAGACGAAAUACCAGAACAAUCUAACAAAAAAGGACGCGAUGUUAUAACGAAACAUGACACUCCCACAACUCGACUCACUUAUCAGCUAACUAAGUCCAUUAUGCCGUAUCUGACCGCCAAAGAUAAAACUGUACGCUAUCGGAGCACACAACUUAUCUCGCAAAUCAUUAAUUCUCUUGACUUAAUUGAUGAAGAACUCUACCAACUAUUCCGACAAGACUUAACCAAGCGAAUCCACGACAAGGAGGCUACGAUUCGAGUACAGGCUGUCCUCGGGCUAAGCCGACUGGCGAGCAAUAAUAUUUAUAAAGAAGCAGGAGAAAGCGUCUUGGACACUGAUGAAGCUGAACUUUUAUCAAAGCUCUUGAGCGUGCUCCAGAAUGAUCCAGCGGCUGAAGUCAGAAAAACUCUACUCAUUGAACUACCUAUCUUACCAAGCACCCUACCAAAUUUACUGGAACGUGCUAGAGAUCAAGAUCCAACAAUAAGACGAGCACUUUACUCAAAACUCUUGCCGACCUUGGGAGAUUUUAGGCACUUAUCACUAUCUAUGCGCGAGAAACUACUACGUUGGGGUUUACGAGAUCGAGAUGAUAAUGUAGUAAGGGCAACACAUAAGCUUUUUUGCGAACGUUGGAUCGAAGAUUGUGCCGCCUCGGCCGAAAACGAAGCUGCCGAUGAGGGUAGUGGAAAAAACGUAGCUCGGAAUGGGGUAGUAAGACUCCCGAAUCUUGAUGCUCUCCUGGAGCUUCUUGAACGAAUUGAUGUUGUGAACUCUGGAAUUUCUGGUGGGAUUGCUUUAGAAGCCAUGAGGGGUUUUUGGGAUAGUCGUGCCGAUUAUAGGGAUCAGACAUGCUUCGAAGGCGACUUUUGGGAUACCCUAACCGCAGAGUCGGUAUUUAUGGCAAGAACCUAUAACGAUUACUGCCGAACUUCACAGAGCGAUAAAUACGAAUCAAUAAUUGAAGAAAAAAUGCCAGAAGUCACCCGACUUGCCUUUUAUCUAGAGAGAUAUAUUCAUGUCCUCAUGGAGGCUUUGGCCAGAAUUAGUCGACAGGAGCAACGAGAAGAUCCAGACGAAGAAGAUACUGUAGAACAGGAAUUUAUUGUAGAACAACUUCUUCAUAUAGUACGUACGCUUGACUACUCCGACGAAAUUGGUCGCCGGAAAAUGUUUUCUCUGCUUCGCCAAUCACUAUCAAAAUCAGAUCUACCAGAAGAAAUUACCAAACUUACUGUCGAAUCUCUACGACAUAUAUGUGCUGCAGACGCCUCUGGCGAACGUGAGUUCUGUAGCGUAGUAUUGGAGGCUGUAGCGGAUGUUCAUGAUACCAUAGUAGACGAUCUCAUCACCGAAGGAGAUAAUGAGGAGUCUUUUCAUUCUGCCAAGUCUGAGCUUUCAUCGGCAAAUACGCGUGAAGCAACAGAGAAGUCAGAAGAGGAGAAGCAAAAACAAGCUAUCCGUGAAAUUUUGGUUAACAUCAAGUGUCUUCACAUAGUCCAAUGUAUGUUGGAAAAUGUAGCAGGUAACCUUCAGCAAAACUCGGAUCUAAUCGCGAUGCUAAAUAAUCUGGUUGUACCGGCAGUCCGCUCACACGAAGCUCCUGUCCGCGAGCGUGGUUUACUCUGCUUAGGUCUUUGCUCUCUUUUGGAUAAAUCUCUGGCCGAAGAAAAUCUCACACUCUUCAUUCAUUUCUUCUCCAAAGGCCAUCCAGCUCUACAGAUUACUGCGCUCCAAAUAAUUACAGAUGUCCUUGCGACUCAUGGUGCGCAUUUCUUAGACCAGAACCCUCUACUCAUAAAGGUUUAUCUUAAAGCUCUCAAAUCUGGCAAUAAAACUCCUGAAGUGCAAGCAGUUGCUACUAUUGCAGUAGCUAAGCUAUUACUUGACCGCGUCAUCUCUAACACAUCAUCUGCUGUCGAGGAUUUCCUCAGAGUACUUGUAGUGAUGUAUUUUGACCCAUCUACUGCAAGUAAUGUGAGCAUGCGUCAAACACUUGCAUAUUUUCUCUCGGUCUAUUCAUACUCAAGCCAAGAGAAUCAAGGUCGCAUGCGAAAAGUUGCCGUAGACACCUUUCACAAACUCUUUGAAAUUAAUGAGACCGAAGAUGACGAGUACGAGGCGGAAGGAGAGAUGAUCAGUCUCACUGUUAUUGGGGCUCACCUUGUAGACUGGACAGACCCACGAAAAUGUUAUGUCCCUCACAAUCAUAUGAUACGCUCAGAAGAGACAUCAAAGAAAAACGUCAACGGAGACGUUCAUCUUGAGUUAGCUCAGGAUAUCAUUGAGAGCCUUAAUUCUUCGAUUUCGAGGGAGGAAAAGAAGAUACUUGCUUCCCUCCUCGCUAAAAUUCAUGUAUCACCGGCCUCCACUCCAUCUUUGCUCUGUGAGGUUUACAAUCUUGUAUCCGAGACUAUUGACAAGAAAAUUAUCACAGAUACUACAGGUCGUAACGCAUUAUUCAAAAUACAUGUGAGCUUGGGUAAGAUAGUAAAUAGUUUCAAGGAGAUUAGGGGUAGUGAAGAUCCUGCCCAUCACACGUCAGAUAGAAGCCGCGAUAAUACUCCUCUAAGUGUUGAUUUGGAGAAGCAGACGGGAGUUUGCGUGAGCACGCAGAUAAACGACAGCGAAGAUGAAGAAUCUCAAUCAGAGAAUGAGAGGAAAGACACUGCGUCGGGCCCUGCAAGUUUUGAAGCGAUGUCGGGCGAAGGCGAAGGUGAAGGCGACACUGUUGCAACCAUCAAAUGA